AUGCAAUCUAAUAUGACCUUUAUUUUGUGGUUGUUUGCUGUCAUUCUAUAUGUUCAAGCUCGAUCUAUUGCUGGUUUGAAAUCAGAUGAAAGGAUCGAAACAUUUAGAAAACACGAUGAUAAGGGUUUCCAUUCUGAAAAAUACUACAAACUAUUGAGACAUUUAUUAAAUCAUCGAAUGAACAUAUACAACGAAGACAAUGAUGAUUUAUCAUCGAGGACAAAAGGAGAUGCUAGUGUUUUGCUGAAACGUAGUAACUUUCUUUUUCCAAGUCGAGCUUCUAUUAAACGGUAUCGGCCAACACAUGCCUAUGGACGAAAAUCACAUUGGGAUACGUUUUUUGGGUGA